AUGUUUGCAUUACUGAUUGCUUUCAAACUUAAUGCCCACUUUACCAAACUUACCGAUACGGAAGACAGUAGCGACAAUGAAAGUGAUCGCCGUGGCGUUUCAUCAGUUCGUGAAAAAGAAGAAAAUAACGGUUCAGAUCGUCCAAGCAGUCGAACUUCCUUGGAAUUAGCGCGCAGUCGACGUCUGGAAAAAGAUAGACGAACGGUGAAUUGGGUUCGAGAUGCUCGGAAAAUCUGUCACCAAUUAAUGAAAUCAAAUUAUCUACCAAUAUCAGUAGACAAUGGCGAAUAUCCUCUUUUCUCACAAAGAACACCUAUAAGACGUCGGCAUUCCAAUGUUGGUCCACUUCAGCUUGCUCGUGCUGCAAAAGACUUCAUUGUUCAUGGUAGUAACGCGAAAUUCCAGCGACAACUUUCGGAAAUGACAAAAAGAAAGUUACCUAAACCUCCUUCUCAGUUUUUUGAACCGUCGGAAGUUCCCAAUGUUCCACAAAAUGAAAAACCCGAAGUAUAUUAUGUUCUACACAAUAUCAAGAUGUUGGAAUUGCCACCGGAAUGGUAUGCACAAUGGACAGAUCUAGCGGUAGUGGAAUAUAGGGAGAAUGAUUAUCUAAUUAGACCUGGUGAUAAAGAUAACUGUAUCAUUGUCGUUUUGGAAGGAGUCAUUGCAGUCUUUAUAACGCAUACUGAAGGAAAAGAACUCAUGGUUCGGAAAAUUACAGUUGGCGAUAGCUUCUUCAGUCUUUUAUCGAUCUUGGAUGUCUUGAUGAAUUAUGAAGUAAUUUUUCGAAAUAUAUCAGUGAGAGCUUUGACUGCAUGUCGAAUUGCCAGGUGCAGCACAAGCACUUUCCGGGAUUCAUUCGUCAGGAAUCCUAAACCUUGGGUUCGACCAAUUCAAAUCGUCUUGACACGACUUCUACAUGUUACGUUGACGACACUUCACCAAUACCUUGGUUUGAAUAUCGAAUUAGCGAAAAAGCGUUCUGAUGAAAGGCGUACUAUGGAUGAGCGUCAUCGGCAUCAAUUUGGAACCAGUUUUUCUGCUCGUCCGCAAGCCAAGAUGCGACCGCGUGCUCAUCGUCUAAAUAGCAUUGAUGAGUUGAAGGAGUACAUGAUGACAGCACAGCGAUGGUUUGCUGAAGUGCUUCACCUAGGUGUUAGUGCUGAAGCGAUAGCACUUUUCGCGGGCCGUAUAACCAUCGAGAAUGUCCCCGAGAAGCAUCUUAUUGUAGAGCAAAAUUCUGAAGACGAAAUGUUAAUUAUAGUUCUCAGUGGUCUUCUAGCUAUUUCACAGGAGCCGAUUGAUGGUGAGGAUGAGAAUGUGGAUGAAGAACACAUUUUAGUGCAUCCACGUGAGCUUAUUGGUGGAUUACAAUUACUUACUGGUGAGCCGUGGUUUGUUACAGUUCGAUCUCAUACAUAUGCAAUAUAUGCCACUAUUUCGAAGAAAGAUUUCUUCGAAUUGGUUGAUAUCCAUCCAGAAAUCGUAUUGCCAGUUGCGCAUUCAGUUGUUCGACGAUUGAGUUCUUUUGUUCGAAAUGUGGAUUUUGCAGUUGACUGGGUACUGCUUGAUUCCGGACAGGCUGUAUACAAAAGUGGUGAUGUAGCUGAUUCAAUAUUCGUCCUUUUAAGUGGACGACUUCGAUCUGUGGAAGGCAAAAAGAUAAUCGAAGAGUUCGGACGAGGUGAUGUUUUAGGGAUGAUUGAGGUUCUACAGCGGGUACCGCGUGCCACCACUGUACUUGCAAUUCGUUUUUCACAACUGGCACGACUUCCCGAAGGCCUUUUGAAUUUUAUUAAGAUAAAAUUCCCUCAGGUUGGAUUUCGCCUUGUUCAUUUGCUGGGUCAGUAUUACACUUCAUCGAUACAAAGUACAUCUACAUUUAGAUGUGCAUACAAGGAUGAUAUUUCAAUAACAAGAGGCGAUCCACAGAGUCAUAUUAAGAAUUUGCAUACUAUUGCGGUGUUAGCUGCAACACCCGAUGUCCCGUUAACUGCAUUCACGUGUGAACUAUAUCACGCUCUUACUGCAAAUUUGCGGGUUCUGCGGCUGAGCAGCCAGAAAAUAGCCGAAUUGUUAGAUGCCAGCGUGCUGGAAAAGCAAGCAGAUUUUCGUCUUAUGCGCUGGCUUAAUUUGCAAGAAGAUACUUAUCCAUUAAUUAUUUAUGAAUGUGACAUAAGCGCUACAAGUUGGACACGACGCUGUCUUUGCCAGGCAGAUGCAAUAUUGUUCGUUGCAAAUGGUGAGCAAAAGCCACUGCAACAGUCAUUAAUGGAUGAUUAUUUGAACAUGAAUGAGGAUGGUAUUCGAACAAACAAGGAACUAGUCCUUCUUUGGGGUGAAAAAACUGUGGAACCUCAAGGAACAAUUGAAUGGUUGAAAGGAAGUUGGUUUUCGGGUCACCAUCAUAUCCGUAUUCAUAAACGGAUGGUACAGUGGGACUUGAAGGAGGUAUCUGAAUCAAACAUUGUGUCCUUCUAUGAACAAAACAUUUAUGGUGGAAGGGUUGACAGCGGAUCAGAUUUUUCAAGGCUAGCUCGAAUAUUAACUGGAAAUGCAAUUGGUGUUGUGAUGGGUGGAGGUGGCGCAAGAGGUGCAGCUCAUGUUGGUGUGCUGCGUGCAAUACAAGAACAUGGUAUCCCUAUCGAUAUGAUAGGAGGAACAUCUAUUGGGUCUAUGAUCGGUGGUUUGUACGCUCAAGAGAUUGAAGACAUAGAGCAAAGAGCGAAAAGUUGGUUCAUGAUGAUGGCUUCUAUUUGGCCAAAAAUAUGGGAUUUAACAUAUGCCCACUCAGCGAUGUUUACUGGUGCCGGUUUCAAUCAUGGUCUCCAAGAUUUAUUCUUGGACUCGCUAAUCGAAGAUUUGUGGAUACCAUAUUUUUGCAUAACCACAGAUAUAAGCAAUUCGGAAAUGCGGAUACAUCGAACUGGUCCAUUAUGGGCUUAUUGUCGAGCAUCGAUGUCGUUGGCCGGUUAUCUUCCUCCUCUCUGUGAUCCAAUAGAUGGCCAUCUGUUAUUAGAUGGUGGUUAUGUCAACAAUUUACCAGCAGAUGUGAUGCAAUCUAUGGGUGCUAAAAUAGUAAUUGCGGUGGAUGUUGGUUCUGCUGCCGAAACAAAUUUAUACAACUACGGUGACUCUUUGAGCGGAUUUUGGGUACUACUGAAAAAGUUAAAUCCAUUUGCUGAACCAAUCAAAGUGUUGAAUAUGGAAGAAAUACAAAGUCGUUUGGCUUAUGUCUCUUGUGUCCAGCAGCUACAGUUGGUGAAAAACGCAGGAUAUUGUCAGUAUGUACGACCACCCAUCGAGGAAUUCAAAACCUUGGACUUUUAUAAAUAUGAUGAAAUACGUGAUGUCGGCUACAAAUAUGGUUUGAAGGAAUUUGGAGAAAUGGUGAAGACAAAUGAAGAUUUGAAGAGUGUUAUCGAUGCUGAGAAGUUACGCUCACUGAAACGACGUUAUUGGGGCCGUGAACCGUCGAAGAUGGUUAUAUGUGAUCAUGGCCGUGCUUCAUCAUUCACCAAUCUCGCUGCUCAGGUGUCAAGAGUUCCCAAAGUACGCGAAAAGAGCAGUUUAAAUGAUGAUGAAAUUGCGGAAGAUGAACUAUCGGACGUUUGGUGGGAUGAGAAGGGGGAAGAAGAACCAGAUGUACAAUCGCAGCCAGCGUAUAAUUCUGAAGAUGUUGAAUCCAUUGAAGCGGGUUACAUCAGUGAACCUUGCACUACUUAUCAAAGUAAAUACACAUUCAGUAGCGAAGAUGAAGUAAGCAUUGAUAAAAGUAAUGCUGAAAACAGUCGAAAAUGGAAGACCACUUUAUCUGAAAUAAAUCAGAAAUGUGAAGAGAAAUCUGAAAUGCAAAAGGUAUCAGAGAAAAUAUCAGUGGUGCGAUUUGGAUCGUCAGUAUCACCAUCUAACGAUAAGCCACAAGAAAGUUGA